CCUCUGCCUGGGAUACCAAUAACGAGUGCCUCCUAUUAUGCCACCGUGACCCUGGACCAGGUUCGGCACGUAUUUCGUUCUGACACCGAUGUCCCCAUGCCUUUAAUGGAAGAGAGGCAUCGUGUUCUCAACGAGGCAGGGACAAUUCUGUUGGAGAAGUUUGGAGGCUCUUUCCUUAACUGCGUCCGAAAGAGUGAAAAAAGCGCGCAGAAGUUACUGCAGCUGGUUGUUGAAAGUUUUCCUUCUUACAGAGAUGUGACUGAAUUUGAGGGGAAAAGAGUUGCCUUCUACAAACGAGCGCAGAUCCUUGUGGCGGACACCUGGAGCGUACUAGAAGGCAAGGGGGAUGGCUGCUUCACAGACAUUGCCAGCAUCACCAUGUUUGCUAACUACUGAUUGCCACAGGACCUCGCCCACCUGGGAGCCCUGAAGUACUCCGAUGAACUGCUGAAGAAGCUUUGCAGAGGAGAAAUGCUGUCAUAUGGAGAUAAGCAGGAGGUGGAAAUCAGAGGGUGCUCUCUGUGGUGUGUCGAGCUGAUCCGGGAUUGUCUUCUGGAGCUUAUUGAGAAACAGAGUGGAAAGCCUAAUGGCGAGAUCAACUCCAUCCUCCUGGAUUAUUACCUGUGGGACUAUGCCCGGGACCACAGGGAAGACAUGAAAGGGAUUCCGUUCCAUCGCACACGCUGCAUGUACUACUGACCCAGCUGUGACUUACCCUGACUCGUUGGGAGCAAGCCAGUGAGAUGAUAGGACGU